AUGGCUUCCUCCAGGUCGUGUCGUCUUUCGGCUCUCGUCGUGAUCGCCCUAUGCAUUGGACUGUGUCUCGGCGGGAAUGAGGACAAACAAGAGCCACUCCAGACCCCAAGCUCGAGCGAGGGGGUCGACCGUCCGAACAUUGUCUUCAUCCUCAGUGACGAUCAGGAUUUGCACAUGGACUCACUAUCCUAUAUGCCACAUUUGCAAAAGCACUUGAUCGACGAGGGGACCUUCUUCAGGCGGCACUUUUGUACCGUCGCGCUCUGCUGCCCUUCCCGAGCCACCCUGUGGACUGGCAGAGAGGCACACAACACGAAUGUUACAGACGUCAAUCCACCUUACGGUGGCUAUCCCAAAUUUGUGAGCCAAGGGUUCAACGAUGCAUACCUUCCGCUAUGGUUGCAGAAUGCCGGCUACAACACAUACUAUACUGGGAAACUCUUUAAUGCUCAUUCGGUCAUCAACUACGAUCGACCGUAUCCCAGAGGAUGGACCGGAUCAGACUACCUCCUCGACCCCUUCACCUAUGAAUACCUCAACGCUACUUUCCAAAGAAACCAAGACCCACCCGUGAGCUACGAGGGCAAUUACUCAACAGAUGUUCUCCUUGGGAAGGCCAUGGGAUUCCUCGACGAUGCCCUCGCCGAGGACAAGCCGUUCUUCCUGACCAUCGCGCCAACAGCUCCUCACAGCAACGUCAACAUCCGAGACAACAUCAUUGACAACUUUACCGAGCACUCGGUCACGCAGUCGCCUCCUAUCCCCGCCAAGCGCCACAAGCACCUCUUCGCCGACACCAUCGUGCCUCGCACCCCACACUUCAACCCCUCCACGCCCAACUCCGUAUCCUGGAUCUCGCGCCUGCCACACCAAAACGACACCGUCCUCGCCGCCAACGACCACUGGUACCGAUCGCGCCUACGCACACUCCAGCCCAUAGACGAAUUCAUCCCCUCACUGCUCGACCGCCUCUCCUCCGCCGGCGUUCUCGACAACACCUACAUCAUCUACAGUACCGACAAUGGCUACCACAUCGGGCAGCAUCGCCUCCAGCCCGGCAAGCAGUGUGCGUUUGAGGAGGACAUCAACAUUCCGUUCGUUGUUCGGGGCCCGAGAGUGCCGAAGGGGCUACGCUCCGGCGUGGUGAGCAGCCAUGUCGAUUUUGCGCCGACGAUCUUGGACUUGGCGGGUGUAGAGGCGCGGGAGGAGUGGAAGCUGGAUGGACGUGCUAUUCCGCUGACAGAGAGCGAUCUCGAGGCGGCUGAGAGCGGUAUGGGGAAGAAGGGUAAGGGGUGGAAAGAGCAUGUCAAUGUUGAGAGCUGGGGGAUCAUCAUGAGCGAGGGCAAGUAUGGCGCGGUGUUGUACCCGAACCACACAUACAAGGCCUUGAGAGUCGUGGGCGAGGGGUACAGUCUGUUGUACACGGUGUGGUGUUCGGGCGAGAAGGAGCUGUACGAUGUUGAGGCUGACCCCUACCAACUCACCAACCUCCACCCCACCAGCAACGCCUCCUCCUCCGCCGACCACAUCCUCCACUUCCCACUCCCUUCGCCCACCUCCUCCUCCUCCUCCUCCCUCUCUACCACACCAAUCACCAUCUCCCGCCUUCUCCCCCGCCUCAACGCCCUCCUCACCGUCCUCAAAACCUGCGUCGCCACCCAAUGCACCGACCCCUGGCGCGAGCUGCACCCAGACGGCUCCGUGCAGGACCUGUCCGGCGCGCUGGCACGCGGAUUCGACGAGUUCUAUGAGAGGCAGGACCCCAUGGAGUUCACGCGCUGUGAGAGGGGGUAUAUUCGUGAGAGCGAGAGGCCGCUGUUGGGGGUGAGGCCCUGGGGUAUGGGUGGGGGAAUGGAGUUGGAGGUUGAUGUUGGGGCUGCGUCUGCGGUGGCGGGUAGGGAGGAGGGUGUGGGGAAUGAGGCAGAGGGCGAGGGGUGGGAGGGGUGGGCGGAGAGGACGGAGCUGUGA